AUGCCAGCUUCACCUCGCACACACAAGAAAAAUAUUCAAAGCAACACGUCGAGACCUUCAAGUCUCGCAGCUCCAGUUUUUUCCAUCAUGCCGUCAAGCAAAAAGCCAGUCAAUCUCACAAUUUCCGAAAUCCGUCCCGGUCAGGAGUACUGGUUUGCUCCAAACUCCCCUCUUCGAAGUCCCAAAGCAGCCAAAAAACCAGCGGCUCCAGAAUCUGAGAAUAUCCCCAUCAAGCUCGAUCAAUCAAACAACAAGAAAGACAACACCGGCAAGCGCUGA